CCGAUUGUUUGUGCCUAGGACCAAGGUUUCGUCUGAUUUUGAGACCAGUCAUGGCGCUACACGGCUAUAGGCCUCGCAGUUGGCGGCACACGGUGCGCUGGGUUCCAGUGUCGGGUGAAGGGCCUCUGAUUACGACGGCCUUGAACUAUGAUGGGGGAGAGGUAGUCCGAUUGAAGGUCUGCAUAGAAGAGGGGAGAGAGGAGGAGAUGCGAGGUGAUCAGAGGCUGCAGGCUGCCAUUUCCGAGGCACGCAACAGGGCGGAACGGAGGUGUACACGAGACGAGGUGACCGUGGGUUUGAGAGUGACGGUCAUCGAUCAUGAGACGGAGUCAUCAACUGGGACCGAGACAAGGGAGGAACAGCACAACGAGAGAGACUCAGGCGGGGAGAGUGAAAUGAGCGAGGCGGACCGAGAAACGGACCUCAGACCAGUUUACAGAACUGCUCACCAGUUCAAUGGGCGCAUCGAUCAUGUCAUCAACCUCAUCGGCGACAUAGGUGUUUUCAAUGGGCCGGACACGAUCAGUAGCACGGUGGCCGCCAUCAAGACGGACAUCACCAAGCUGCAGACGAGACCGGACACCGCUACGAAGACUUACAAGAUGCCGCACUUCGACAUCAGCAAGUUCGACGACUACAACAAGUCGGACGCCUCGACAUGGUGGCAACGUUUCCUCACGGAAGCAUCAUGCCGCACUGUCCCGGCGGACGACAUGAUGAAGGCGCUCUACUUACAACUGAUUGGAGGAGUGCAGGCAUGGAUGAACCAUCUGGCGGCUACCAAGAAAUGCACCAUCGCCGAACUCCACACGCACAUUCCGUGGAAGGAGUUUGAGAAGCUAUGGCUCACCCGGUUCAUGGUUCUCAACGUCGUGAAGGCAGCCAUGAACGAGGUGUACACCAGCUCUCAAGGUAGUAUGCCAACUCGAGACUGGACAACUAAGUGGCAGAAGAUAGUGACCACGCCAGGCUUGGAUUUGAGUUUUACCAAUCAGCGAUCCAAGUUCUUCUCGCGAUCAUGCGCAGCACUGCGGUCGGCACUCGGCAACGAGUACGAUUAUGAUUCAUUCCAGGCCAUUCUGGAUCGGGCGAACUUAGUCAUCCAAACGGAUGACAAGGCCGCAAACGAACGGCAGUCCCAGCCGCAUUAUGUGGCUAAGCAGGGCUAUCAACGACCGACACAUAACAAUGCCGUGAUUUCAGAAGAAACAGUCGAUCUCCACACUGCAGCAGCAUCCUCGAGUGAUGGAGGAAUUGUAGCAGCGCUCCCGCCGAAGCGUCCCAAGAGAGGUCGGAAGAACAAGGCGACACAAGAGACGGCAUCGACGAGAACUGGGCAGCAGCCAUGGAUGGCUUACAAGAUAACCAAGGAUGUCUAUGACCUUCGUCAAAAAACGGUUCCGGAUCGGCCCAUACGUCACGGGAUCACUCUCGAGGAUGGCGUCAUCCCUCCGCGUGGAUGUAUCUACCGCAUGAGCAAAGAGGAACUCGAGGUGCUUCGUGCACAACUCGAUGAUCUUCUCGACAAGGGUUGGAUCCGCCCUAGUUGCUCGCCAUACGGUGCMCCUGUUCUCUUCGUCCGGAAGAAGAACAAAGAUCUACGGUUAUGCAUCGACUGUCGCAAACUUAACGCACAAACCGUAAAGAACGUUGGCCCUCUCACUUGGAUCGAUGAUCUCCUUGAGCGGUUAGGCGGCGCGACGUACUUCUCGAAGUUGGACUUGAAGUCAGGUUACCACCAGAUUGAAAUCCAGCCUCAAAAUCGGUACAAGACCGCGUUCAAGACGCAAUACGGGCAUUUUGAGUGGGUUGUCAUGCCCUUUGGACUCACCAAUGCCCCCGCAACUUUUCAAGCAGCUAUGACGACUAAGUUUCGCGACUUGCUCGAUCUCAGCGUCCUCAUCUACCUCGAUGACAUCUUGGUCUAUAGCAGGACGUUGGACGAGCACAUCACACACCUUCGCGCUGUUUUGAAUCGUUUGCGACUGGCCAAGUACAAAGCGAACCGCGACAAGUGCGAGUUCGCCAAGCAAGAGCUUGAGUAUUUGGGCCACUAUGUUACGCCGAAAGGCAUUCGUCCCUUAGCGGACAAGAUCCAAGCCAUCGUGGAUUGGCCGGAACCCCGUUGUACAACGGAUGUACGCUCUUUCAUGGGUUUGGCUGGAUACUAUCAGCGAUUCCUCGAGUCAUACUCGAAAGUGGCCGCUCCUUUGUCGAGACUUCAGUCCCCGAAGGUGCCCUUCGAGUUCGACGACGCAGCCCAUGGCGCGUUCACUACGUUGAAGGCAGCAAUGCAAGCCGCACCUGCCCUCCGUAUAUAUGACCCCACCAUACCCACCCAAGGGACUACGGACGCUUCGGGAUACGAUCGUGGAAGGCGCAGCCCCCGCGAAGAAGGGACGGCAUCAAGCGAAGAGGCAGAGGAAGGUCGUCAAGCCGUGCCCGCUGGCAGUGCGCGAGAUGUUGUGGAGGAGGCUGUGGUGGAGGAAGAGAUGACGAACGACGACGACGACUUUGAAGACGACGACGGUGAACCACUGCAGAGGAAGGCGAGGGUCAGCUCCGCGGAGGGGGUUAGAAUAAACGAGGGGGGGGAAGGGACACCGACCGCGCGGCGCGGCGGUGGCGUUGCAGCGGCCAACCAACCAGUCUUUGUCGACGUGGCACGCGACGUGGCGCGAGACAUGGCAAGGAGGGACGUCGGUGGCCGCGCGAAGGAAGGGGCCGCCUCGCAUGAGACUGCACAAUGCAUGCUUGCGCCUUUGAAUCGCCCCCGAACCCCGGCUGCAGACGUGGCGGGGAGUUCCCAAGCAGCGGUUGAAGGUGGGACGUUGCGAUCUCCCGCGGUGGCGGCACGCGGUGGCGCUGUGGCGAUCCCGGGAGAGGCGGUUGAAGUCCCGAAGGGAGGAGAUGGCGCGGCACCCGGGGAAGACGGCGAGGCUCUGGUGCACAGGCUGCGCGGGCAACGAGCGGCGACACAUGCGAUGGAUGCCGCCGCCAAACUUUGGGAGGAUGACAACAGAUUCUGGAACAACACGCAGGGGAGCGCCAUAGUGAGGAUAAUCCAAGAAGCGCGCGCGUAUCUCGUGGCCGUGGCGCGGGGAGUGCAGCCUCCGGCUAUUCGACGGAGCAUCUCCCUUCCACACAACUCCAUCCCCCAACACAAAAUCGAGGACGAGUCGGAGCUGAACGCUGCGAAAGAGAGGGCGUUGAAAGUGCAGACAAUCUCCCUCAGGGCGAUCCACGGUUGGGUCUUCAAGUCGGAGAGCAGGCAAAGGGGGUAUCACUUGGCAUACCAAUAUGCGUUGAAUCACGCUGCCACGGACAUCGCUAGAGCAAUGUGGUUAGCAGAGGACUGGCGCAGUUUAGUGAGCCCAAUGUUGUUCCACACCACAUUGGACGUAGACAUGAAGUUGCCUUUGUGGUUCGUGGGCGUGAACAUAGUGGACAGGCACGAGGACGAUGAGUGCGCGGCUUACCAGGAAGCUUGUGUCGAGCGUCUGGUGCGGGAUUUCAUAAGCGCAGUUGGCACGGCAGAAGCUAUGGACGGCGGUCGAGUGUCGUACGAGUGUCUGAAGGGGAUGGCAGAGGCGAUGAGGUAUUUGCUCACCGCCACGAUGUGGAUUAUGCAAAUGGCGGGCGACGAUUCGAGAUCGCAUUACGACGCUUGGGUUUUCGUUCAACAAACGGCAAAGACGACGCUGCUGGCGUCCAUGAACCGGCAGUUCGACGCCCGCCGACACAUCACGCAAUCCGCACAGGUCAUGACGGACAAGUUGGGGAGACCGCCUCCGACCUUCGCCCCCCCACCUGCGUACAUCUCCGAUUGGGCGUCUAAGUGCGGGGUCACUUUCUCGCACGACGCCACGUUGGCCUCCCCGAUGGAGGCGAAACAGUUGGAUCAGUUGGGGACAGGUCCCCCCGGGGACGACGACGACGAUGCCGAAGGCGAUGACAAAGGCAAGGGGGGGUGACGCGUAGACGACGGUGAUGGCGAAGGCGAGGAGGGGAUGAUGCGCAGGCCCUGUUGAGAUGGCAGGUACAAGAGGAUGGGGGGAAGGGGUGUUUUAGGGGGGGUUGCUUCGGGGGGCGAGACGCGGGAGGGCUCACGGGGGAGAAAGGGUUUGUGGCAUCGUUUAUGACUGUGUUCGGGGCAGGACGCCAUGAGCGUGCGGGGUUUGUUUGAGUACCGUGGGAGCGAUCGUCGUACAAGUGUUGUUUUCUGGUCGUUGAUGACUGUGUUCGGGGCAGGACGCCAUGUGGAAGUCUUAUUGGCAACUUUUUUUUUUUUUUGGCUGGAUUUUGGCAUGCCACUGUUCAGAGGUGGCAUGCGUAGUAGGUGUGCAUUGGUAGCCCAACAAAAUUUCUUAAUGGGU